UUGGCCCGGGACAUGGCGAACUCGGCUAAUACAAACCCCGUGCCUAAACUAUAUAGGUCUGUGAUUGAAGAUGUUAUCAAUGAUGUCCGAGAAGUCUUUCUGGAUGAGGGUGUUGAUGAGCAAGUCCUUGUGGAAUUGAAAACACUGUGGGAGAACAAACUGCUGCAGUCCAAGGCUGUAGAUGGAUUUCAUUCAGAGGAACAGCAGCUUUUGUUGCAAGUGCAGCAGCAACAGCAGCAGCAGCAACAACAACAGCACCACCAUCCUCACCAUCACCCGCAACCGCAGCCACAACAGACAGUACAGCAGCAGUCCCAGACACAGCAAGUCCUUAUUCCUGCAACACAGCAAGCACCUCAACAGCAAGUUCUUGUGCCAGACUCAAAGCUGAUACAGCACAUGAAUGCUUCAGGCAUGAGUGCUGCUGCCACUGCAGCUACUUUGGCUUUGCCUGCUGGUGUUACUCCUGUUCAACAGAUUCUUACAAAUUCAGGCCAAAUUCUGCAGGUGGUUAGAACUGCCAAUGGAGCACAGUACAUCAUUCAGCCCCAACAGCAAGUGCUUCUACAGCAACAGGUUAUACCACAGAUGCAACCUGGUGGAGUACAGUCUCCUGUUAUUCAGCAAGUUUUGGCUCCCAUUCCUGGAGGGAUCUCACAGCAAACGGGGGUAAUUAUUCAGCCCCAGCAGAUUUUAUUUACAGGAAACAAAACCCAGGUAAUACCUACAACAGUGGCGGCGCCAACACCAGCACAAGCACAGAUGCCUGCAGCAGGUCAACAGCAACCUCCGCAGCAACCAGCACAACCACAGGCACCUUUAGUGCUGCAGGUAGAUGGAGCAGGUGACACCUCAUCUGAGGAAGAGGAGGAGGAGGAGGAAGAUUAUGAUGAUGAUGAAGAAGAGGACAAAGAAAAGGAUGGAGGUGAAGAUGGCCAGGUUGAAGAGGAACCUCUAAAUAGUGAAGAUGAUGUGAGUGAUGAAGAAGGACAAGAGUUAUUUGAUACCGAGAACGUUGUUGUGUGCCAGUAUGAUAAGAUUCAUAGAAGUAAGAACAAGUGGAAGUUCCACCUCAAAGACGGCAUCAUGAAUCUUAAUGGAAGAGAUUAUGUAUUUUCCAAAGCCAUUGGAGAUGCAGAAUGGUGAAGGUUUCUCAUACAAACUUAGAGCCAAGAUGAAAAAGCAGAAAAGGUUAAGACUCAGACAUAUACUUCAGCAGAAAUUUAUUUCUGCACACCAGAGAGGAACAGUAGAACCAAGACUACUAGAACAAAGAACUAGCAUGGCAAUGUAGACACUACUUCAAAUGGGAAAGCUGAGGCAUUGGUGCAGCUAGCUAUGCCUGAAAGCUGGUUUUGUAUGAAUACCUUAAUUAACCACUUCUACCUAUAGAUAAAGGUAACUAGCAUGUGAGGCUUAAUCUCCCUUUCCACUGAUUUGAAGGAACUCUUCUUUUAUGGUAAUAUGGAAAAAGCUUAGUGUGUCUUUGUGUAAACUGUGCUGAACCAUUCCCUCUGGGAGUGUGGUUGGUAAGAAUCUUGCUUAAACUGUGUGCAGGCUUCUAACCAAAUGGUAAGAACAGAAACAUUGAGUUCUAAUUACCUUGUAUGAGUAAACUAUUUUUAAAUCUCUUGUGCUGGGUCAUGCAUAACUUUACAGUUUUAGGUCUUUUAUAUACAACUCCAAUCCCAGUACCAAAA